AACAGGAAUGGCAUUAUCUUAUAUCCAUAUACAUUUAGGAUUUUGUUAUUCAUUCUCAGUUGAGCCAAAACUUCUGUAGAUCCAGAUGUUUUGGUGCUCUUUGCCACUCUGCCACUUUUGUUUUUAUUUCAUUCAAACAAAGGGACUGUCAUCCCAGCCCUCCUUCAUGCUAUAUAAAUCGGAAGGUUUAUGAUAGUUACUAUUAAGGAGAUUAUUUGGGUUCCCUAAUCUCCAAUCUGAGGAUUAACCGAAGCUAUUGGUGUGUCCAGAUUAUUACGUCUCUUUUCUCGGCCCCACUGUUUACACCCCCGCAGUGGGUGAAGCAUAUUGUUUUUGUGUCAGGAGAGUCUUUGAACGCAUCACUCGCUCGAUAUUAAUUAACUGUUUUUUUUAAAGGUAAAUGUUUUAAGUGGUUCAGAUUUUUGCGGUUGAGUGGAAGUUCAAGAGGAUCGCCAUGGAGGAGUCCUCGGUGCCCCCAAUUGACCCAGAUUUCGAGCCGCAGAGCAGACCCCGGUCCUGCACGUGGCCGCUCCCUAGACCCGACAUCUCGGCUGUCAAACCGGAGGGGGCGGACGGCACCGAGUCCGCGGCCGGGACCCCGCCCGCCGACGAGGACAAGCCCGAGCCGCAGCAAAUCACGUCCGAGCCCGAGAAGGCGGCGGCGGCGGCCGAGGGCGGGGUCGUGGCCGGCGUGGGCGGAGCCGGAGCGACGCCCCGCAAGGGAUCAUCUCGACGCAACGCGUGGGGGAACCAGAGCUACGCGGAUCUGAUUAGCCAGGCCAUCGAGAACUCACCUGAGAAGAGGCUGACUCUGGCGCAGAUCUAUGAGUGGAUGGUGAAGACAGUGCCGUACUUCAGAGACAAAGGGGACAGCAACAGCUCAGCUGGUUGGAAGAAUUCAAUCCGCCACAACCUAUCACUCCACAACAAGUUCUUGAGGGUACACAAUGAAUCAACAGGCAAGAGCUCCUGGUGGAUGCUCAACCCAGAGGGAGGAAAAACCGGGAAAGCUCCUCGCCGCCGGGCCGCCUCCAUGGACAACAGCAGCAAGCUGCUGAAGAGCCGCAUGAGGGCCAAGCAGACCAAGAAGCAGGCGGGGGCAGCAGGCCUCGGGGGUGCCGGCGGGGCGCUGCAGGGUGACGGCAGCACAGGUUCAGCUGGUGCAGACAGCCCUAAUUCGUCUCAGCAGUUUCCCAAGUGGGGGGUCAACAGCAGCAGCCCCUCGUCCCGCGGCAGUCUGGACGACACCGACAUGUGGACUACCUUCCGCCCACGCACAAGCUCUAAUGCCAGCACCCUGAGCGGACGUCUGUCCCCCAUCGCUCCGGGUCAGGAGGACGACGACAACCUGCCUGAGGACGGGCUGCUGGGAAGAUACACUGCCAGCAGCUUAACCCCGACCCUCACCGAGACCCUCAUGGAGGAGCUGGAUCUGAUCGACGGCCUGACUCUGAUGACCGGGCAGCAGGGAGGGGCCAGUCCCAGCACAGCCCCGCCAGCACCUCCAACCCCACUGCCCUCCGCCUCCACCCUGCUGCCUCGUGGCUCCAGCUUCUCCUCCUUCCAUCAGCUGCAACCCUCCAGCCUCCCGCAGCCCCCCACUCACACCGGGACCCAGGCCUCUGUCUCGCAGUGCGGACCUAGCAGCAAAGAGCCGUCGACUUUCAGCAACUCCCUCUUCAACCCCAUGUCCAGCUCCGGCUCUCGUGGGAGCAGCCACUACAGCACCCACGUGCCUUCCAGCCUGGAGGCGCUGCUCACCUCCGACUCUCCUCCCCCGAGUGAUGUCAUGAUGACCCAGGUGGAUCCUCUCAUGCCCAGUCCCGGAGGGGUGGGCUUGAUGGGCCUGGGCUCAUCCGUGGUGGGCGUGAGGUCCAAACCUAAUCAGCUGCUGAUGGGUAAAGGCCUCGAGCCAAACGCGGUGGCACCGAUGGCGCUGCAGGCUCAGAUGCAGCCGCAGCAGCACCACCUUCACCACCAGCAGCACCAGCAGCCUCAGCAGCCGCAACAACAGCAACACCAGCAACACCAGCAACACCAGCAUCACUCUCAGAUGGGGUUGGGGAUGAUCCUCUCAGGUAUGUCUCAGGACCCGUCACAGCUCUCCGCUCUCAAAGCCCAGCAUGCCACAGUGCCGGCCGUGGGCCCCCACCACGGAGUCGCCUCCGCCAAUCCCGGCGCGAGCCUGCAGGGGAUGGCUCAGUUCGGCGCUCCAUCCUGUUUCCAGACCGGUCAGGACCGCCUGCCCACAGACUUGGACAUUGACAUGUUCACUGAAAACCUGGAUUGUGACGUGGACUACAUCAUCAACAGUGACCUCAUGGACGGAGAUGGCAUUGAUUUCAACUUUGACCCCAUACUGCCUGGAGGCCAAGGCUACGCCGGCCCGGCCACCACACAGGGCUCCGCUCACAACUGGGUGCCGAGCUAAUUUCUCAGCUGACCGCACAGAGUUAGCCAGGAACUGAUCUCCAAUCAAGAUAACCUCACAAAACCACAACAUGACCGGUGCAUUUCUCCUCCCUGCUGGCUGAAUGUACUAUUUUCAAAUCCAAUGUUUCUCUUGGAACUUUAAAGACAGAACCAGACCUCACUCAUGUCAUGUGCCAAGACAUGCAGAGGAGACAGGGAGGAGAUUCAGGCUACUAUGCACACAUUUUUCAUUUUCACACAUUUUGUUUUUUUUGUAACACUUGCAACAUUUUGGCUGCUAGCCUUUUUUUUUUUUUCUUUUAAUCCGAACUGAUGAUUUUUUUAAAGAUGUGUGACAUAAUGUUUUAGAGUGAAAAGACAAAUCAGCAACUCCCCUCCGCCGGGAGUUCACAUUGUAAUGAUGUUACACCAGAAUAGCUUUAUGGUGGAUACGGUACCCGUGAUCUCGAUGGCUUUGGGAUUGAAGACUCGAUGGAGAAAUGGCCAGUUUUUUCCAUCGUCGCUCGUCUCGCGUGAACUGCCGGACCAAAUGCUGUCGGAUCAUCAGGAUGAGGCGUAAAGAGAACAAGUUUGAGACUUGUGAACAGGUGGAAGGUAAAAGACUGGACGACUCGAGGUGUAAAACGUUUGAUUUCACAGCGAUGGCUACACAUCUUUGUGACUGCGAUCGAUCGAUCACAUGUACGAUUGAAUUUUUCUCUCUCACUCGAGAGAGAAGGUAAAAGAUAUAAGAUGCAUAUUUUUUCUCCAAUGAAAUUUGGUGAUUCGACAGGAAGUGGGUAUGUAUUUGCAGUUUGGCAUUUUUUUGACUUCAAUCCAGUGUGUUAAAGUGAUAGGUAGAUGUCAGUUAGAGGGUGUUUUUUUUUUCUUUUUUUUCUUUUUUUAAUCCCUGAUGUGCAGUUAAACUAACAAAAUGAAGAAAUGUGAUUUUUGAAUUCAUACACGGGGCAUUCAAGGGUAAAUUUAUUUGCCAACAAGUGAUUGGUUGGCCAAGUAUUAUUUUGUCUUAGACAGCAGUACACAUCCACUGUCGAAUGGUCUACCUGAUUUUUUUUUUUCUUCAUUGAACCUGUGCAUUUUCAAAGCACUUAGGUUUCCUGCUACACAGGGACCCCAAACUAGGAGAAUACAUCCACAUGAGGUUAUACCAUUUCAUUUAAAAGAGAGUUUAAGAUCCUGUUAACAUGUAAUGCACACGUUGCACAUGUAUGUAAACAACACGCUAUGCAGAAUUAUCAGGAGAACGAGAUGAAAUCUUGAAGGAAAUUUGAGAAUCACUUCUUGAAGGUUUUGCUAUUUAACAUUUUCCUGAUAUUUUGUCGGGGACGGGGUUGGUCGAGGGAUGUCAGAAUAUCCUCUCACACUUUAUAAUUAUUCAGUACUAACUUGAAAGAAAUUAAUUCACUGUGUGAGAAGUACAAAAAAAGAAUAUAUUUGAUCAUAGUUUUAAUAUACAAUUUAGAUGGAGGUAAUAAAUGAGAUAUUAAUACAUAUGGAUAUAUUACUAAUGACAAGUGAUUUUUUUUUACAUUGGAGGAAGCAUUUUCAGAUAAUUUUUAACGGUAAUUUUCUAUACGUUUAUUUUUGUAAAGGAUGAGAUGCAUGUAGAUUUUUUUACAUAACCAAAGGAACACUAAUAUUUGCAUUUGCAUGGCAUUUAGGGAGCGCUUGGGCCUGACACAGUAUCUCAGUGUACAUAAGCUUUGCAAAAGAUGCCUGUAACAUGAAAUCUGACUGUCAAAGACAAUUGAGGCAAAGUGCAUCAAUACUUGACCAUUGUAACUAAAAUUCCCAGUGAUCUGCCUCAUAAGGUUUUUAUUUUCUUUUGGCUUUUCUGCAUUAAAGGACCAGUAUGUAA